GUAAACCCUCAGUGGCCCUUCUUCGAUGCCACGUUUGCACCUUUUCAAACCUGCUGCAGCCACUCAAAUACUCCAAACUGUCCUCAUAGAGCGGCCGCCUGUCUCUACAGCAAUCACAAGGAGGCAAGGCGCCAGGGGGUUGGGUCUCCCAUUAAAAACUCUCUAAACCCUCCCGCAGGCGGGGCAGACAUCGUCGCUUUCUUCCAACCCUCGCGCUCGCAGACUGCUUGCCUCCUCAAUUACUGUUCACGUCUGACAAUACAGCGCUGCGCAGUACGACACAGGAACAGAACAUGGCGUCGUUUCUCGAAGAGCUUUGGAAUUCCAUCUUUACGCCCGGCCCGACGCCUACGCUCCUCGUCGCUACGAAUGCCGCAUUUGCCGCCCUGCAGCUCCUCCUACUGAUCCUCCUCGUCGCAACGUAUUCCCUACACUUUUUGGUAUUAUCCGUGCUGUGCGGCGGUCUUUGGUACUCCAUCAAUUGGUUCGCUACUGAAAUAGCAAAGGAACAGCAGGCGCAAAAGGCAAAAGAGAAGAAAGAAAAGAGCCCAGAGCCAGAUAACGCGAGCGAUACAGAAACUGAAGGGCCGCCGCCGCAAGUGCCAGAUACUGAUUCUGCAAAAUCCACUACAACCCCUUCCGCGCGCAGCCAGAGUCCAAAGCACGAGAGGCCGAAAGACAGCUCAACCACUCUCCUUGAGCCGAAGAUGGCAGAGAGUACAGAGGCGCUGAGGCGCCGGCGCAGCCUAGGCGAGAGCUCAGGUUAUGUCAGCACCGAUAGUGAGUGGGAGAAGGUUUCUGAGGGAGAAGAGAAGAGCAAGUGAAAAGGGGCAAUAUGUCGCUUUCUUCUGGCACCACCAACGGGAAGACCUUCCGCUACUCCCUCGUAACGAAAUAGAAAGAGGACACGGAUGAAGAGGGCGCCUCUCCGCCAAUCCAUCGUUAUCGUCUCAUACACCCCAUCUACGCAAUCCCCACGUCGACAGCGACCUUGACUUGUUAUACCCGAAGAGCAUAGGUGACAGAUUCAAGAUACCCAGAUCAGAGAAUGAAAUGACUUCUAUAUACGUUGAGACAUGUCCGAUCGCGGGGAUACUAGUAUUCCCUCAAGAAAAUGCCCCGCAUUCGAUACGGC